CUCGUCACCCCUCAGACCUCACGGCUAACCCAAACGUUUAAAAUUUUAAUGUUAUAUUGCUUUAGUACUCUGUUACGAGUAGACGUUUAGAAUCUGUAAGAACACUGUCACAAUAGUAGGGCGUCUACGUAACUCGUUGUGACGUAUAUUUUAUAUCGAAUAAUUUUAACAACUACAUUAUAUUUACUAAGUUGUUAUAAAGACGUGUUUGACAAAAGUGUAAUUGAGUGAGAAAGAAAAAAAUCAACUUACCAAAAUGUUAUACCUCGAGGAUUAUUUAGAAAUGAUCGAGCAUCUACCUCAAGAGCUAAGAGAUCGCUUUACAGAAAUGCGUGAAAUGGAUUUGUCGGUUCAAAAUAACAUGGAUACCUUGGAAAAACGAGUUCGUACUUUGUUCGGAGGCUGUCGGCGAGGUGAUGUGAACUCAGAACAAGCGGAUACUGAGUUUGAUGAUAUUAAAAAGGGUUAUAACAAGACUUUGGAGGAAGCAGAUGAAAAAGUAACUCUUUCAAAUCAAAUGUAUGAUCUAGUGGAUAGAUACUUGCGUAGAUUAGAUACAGAGCUACAUAAGUUUAAGUGCGAACUUGAAGCUGAUAAUAAGGGGAUUACAGAAUUGUUAGAGAAAAGAUCCCUCGAUCUUGAUUCUAAUACAAACCAUAACACAUCAAAUAACAACCAUUAUAAGGAAAGUAGGUACCGCAUCAGAGCAGAGAAACGUCGCGAGAGUUGGAGUAAUAGGGAAGCUCGUUCCCAUGGAAGUAACGGGAGUCUAUCUAGAACUGAUUCUGCUAUACAGGCUGCAUUGGGUCGUGACUCGUACUCCUUGGGUCACGCGGGAAGUGCCAUAGCGGCAGCAGCCAGUCAAGCUAUUGCUGCUACGCAACAGAUGCAGCAAGGGCGUCGCACGGCGUCCCUCAAAGCGUCCUACGAAGCGGUGGCCGGAGACCUCUCACACGCGCAUACGACACACCAUACGACGCAUCAUGAUCAUGGCUCGACCGUUGUGUCGAGCGGACAUCACAGUGGCCACGCCCACUCUUCUGGAAGCUCUAACAAACGCCACAAACAGAAGAAAAGCUAUUCGUCGAGCGCCGCAUCUCUCCACGGGCAGGCGUCAAUGGCCGCCAGUCGAUCAUCGUCGCCUACACUUGUGCCCAUGAAUAAUUCUAACGUGAACAAAGUAGUUAUCGAAGAGCCGGUCGAAGAGGAAUGGGCCUACGACCCCAACGAGCCGCGUUACUGUAUUUGUAACCAGGUGUCGUACGGAGAUAUGGUCGCCUGUGACAACCACGAUUGCCCGUACGAGUGGUUCCACUACCCGUGCGUUGGUAUCACGGCACCUCCGAAAGGCAAAUGGUAUUGUCCGCAGUGCCAUACAAACAUGCGUCGCAAUCGGGCUCAUCGCAAGAACUAAUGAGAAUUAUCUAUAUUUGUCUCUAAUACUCAUUUUUUAAUUAUUUUCAGCUAACUUGCUAGUAUUUGCGAAAUGUAGAAUAGGGCAAAAUAUAUUUUGUCUGCCACCAUUGUAUGGCAAUUUGAUGUAAAUGAAUAAAAAUUAAAAAAGUC